AUGUCUUACGUUGACUCCAGUGCUACCUUUAGGCAGAGGUGCUUGGCCAUUGAACUGCCUGCCGACGUCAUCCAGGUCCUUUCGGAUCGGGGCUGGGCAACCUUUGCCAAUUUUGCUCAUGCUCCUAAGGUUAUGCCCGGACAACAAGGGGCCGAAGCAGCGCUACAGGUUGUGCUCGAUUCCGUCUUAGGAGCUCAGUUCGGGGCCCAUGAAGCGGCCUUGCGUCGCCUGCACUGGGAGAGUUGGACUCUCACGGCUGCGGACCUGAAAAAGAAGCUGGACUCUGCUGAGGAUGUGGCCCCCCGCAAGUUGCCUGUUGCUGAGAUCGGUGCCCGACUCACAAUCCUGGCCCCUAAGUUGUCCCCUCUGAAGUUGCAGGGUGUGUUGGAACCUUCCCAUGCUGCCAUCAACAUCUUUGCCCAAAUGCUUGAUGAGAAUCGUCUGCGGUAUGUUGAGUGGCACAAGCUUACUACUCGCACCCAGGAGGUCAACAGCACGACUGAGGAUCCGAUGCUGAAAGCUUGGAAGCCUGAUAAGAAUGGUGUUGUGCGUGAGGUCAUGGCCCCCAAUCAUUUGCGUGCGACAGUUGCCUCGGAGCUGGAUGUCCAUAACGCCCUGCGACGAAGGGGUGUGUGUUAUGCGAUUGCGCGCCUGAUGUCUUUUGAGGCCCAUGAGUCCUUGAUCCUCCAUCUCUUUGAUGCUUAUCAAAGCACUCCGCCGGAGGGCUACCAAAGGAUUAACAUGGCCCAAGUCGCAGCUUGUGAUCGUGAGAUCCACCUUCGCUUGUCGGAAGAGUGUCGUGACGGUUUCUCUCCAGGGGCUGAUGGUCCCCUGCCCCUGGAUCGCUUCGUGGCCCCCGUACUUCGCAUGAGAUCCGUUGAGCAACUCGUGCUUCCCAGGGAAGGACAUCCGCGUGCUGGGUCCACUCCCGGCGGAGGAUCUGGUCGCAAGCGGAAGCGCAACCGGAGCCAGCCGGCCGCCACCCCCGCGCCUGCGGCUGCGGCUGCGCGCAAGCCCAAGGGCCCUGGGGCCUCCGGUGCUCGGCUGCCCCCCCCUCCUGAUGGAGUGGAGGCAGUUGUCGACACAACGGGGAGCAGCUCUGUCGCUUCCCAAGGUUUUGGCCGUGCUGCUCUCAGUGACCAGUGCACUUUUGCUUCCGUGUUCUCUCGGCAUCCAGCCGAGCUUUUUGCCGAACAAAUGCUGUCUAUCGACGAUUUUUCCAAUGAUGCAAUCUCUAGCCUUUGCGAGUUGCUCCCGCAUGAAGCUUCUAGCCGACAGUCUGCCACAGGCAGUGCUGUCGGCACGGGCUGUUGGAUCCAGGGGUCUCGAUGGGGGUUGCGUCGCAAUAACCGAUUGUUUCCGUUUGUGACGCGUGUCCUUAACGCGGUGGUGCGCCAGACGGCCUCCGAUCAUGUCUGGACUUCCGUGGUGGUCUUUUUCAAUGUUCAGACUGCCAAACAUCGCGAUGCCAACAACGGGCCGGAGCCCAACUUGCUUGUACCUGUUGGCACCUUCUCGGGUGGUCAGGUUUUCGUCCUUGAUGGUACGGGCCAGGAUUCUGCGGUGUUUGAUGGCGUUGAGUACAAGGGCCGACUGCUGGAUCCCUUCUGUCAGCCGUGCUUUCUGCCUGCCCGUGACUUUGAGCAUUUCACCUUACCGUGGGCGGGACAUCGGGUGAUGAUUGUGGCUUUCUCCAUUGCCCCUUCCGGGGUGCUGGGCAUGGAGGAUGCCAGGCAGUUAUCCUGCCUUGGCUUCGAGUUGCCUGCUCGCUUGCUUCGGGAGACUGGAGUGCCUGCUCCUGUGGCAGAUGUGUCUAAUCCCUUGGGCCCUGUGGCGCUUGAGUUAUUUGCCGACCCGCCACUGGUCACAGCUGCCUUGCGAGCUAGGCACGUGCACGCGGUUGCUUUUCAUCAUCGGCCUCGUGGAGGGCGUGUCCCGGUCUGUCGCCUUGACCCCAAGGUCGCCCUGCAGGCUGACCUGCUCUUGGAUCGCCUCUCGCGCCGCCAAGCUGCUCUGCUGUUUGCCAUUGUGCCCCCACCGGGAGGCAAGUCCGAUGACCUGGGAACCUUUGUGCUACGGGCCAUCCGUGCAUGCUUGCAGGUCCGGCUGCCCUUCUGUGUUGGAAUGCCUUCUCGGAGUCGGCGUUGGGCGUCGUCGGAGUGGCUGCACCUCCGUGCCUGCUGUGGCUGCUUUGAGGUGGACCUGUGUAUGUGGGGCGCGGAACGCGUGUUGUCUGUGACCUUUCUGCACAAUGUGCCGGCCUUCGCGUCUUUGUCACGCCGCUGUGAUAACUCCCAUACUCACUUGCCUUGGUCGCGGGAUGAACCGCCUGCUCAAGUGACUCGAUUCCUGCCCUCUGGGUUCUGUGAUGCGUUUGCUGAGGUCGCCCUGCCCUUUUUGCAUUCCGCGAUCGCUGACUUGCCUCUGCGCGUCGCCAGUGCAGCCACUGAAGGUUCCUUUCGCCCCAGCAAAUUCCCGCCCUUAGUGCCGGAAUUUCGAGCUGUCUACCGGAUUCGUGUGCCCUCGCCGGUUGAGUUGCCCGCGAAAGUGCCCCCUGACGGGUUGCCUGGCUUUCCUCAUGUUGCCUCGGGUUCGGUCCUGCUUUCCGGGGGCCGAGCCCUUUCUGCCGCUGUUCAUCAGUUGCGAGGGGGGGAAGCGCCCGAACAGCAAAGGGAGGAACUGCAGCAACCAGAUGUGUUAUGCCCAGGAGAGCAUUCAGCUAUGGUUGAACCAAGCCGGGUCGUGUAUUAUGCUUUGCCCUGGAACGUGCAAGGGUUUGUGGACGCUGCGCUUCAGUGUCAACAUCCUUGUGACACCUUUGCGUGCAGUGACACUGCCAUCAAAGAAACUGUUGACUGGAUUGCAUCUUCUUCACCCAGUGAGGUUUGUGCGUUUAGAGCUGGCCAACUUAAGCGCUUUCUCCACUUGGCUUCCGGGUUGGCUAAGGAAGAGAAGGCCCUUCAUGCCUCUCUGCAUCCAGAGGUGCGAGCGGUGCUAAGGGGGAAGAGAGUACUCCUCUUUCAGGCUUUGCUCCAUGAGGCGGGGAUACAAGAUAAGCACUUAGUGAAGGAGAUGCUUAACGGAUUCAGCCUCGUUGGGGAAGUCCCAGCCUCGGGCCAAUUCCCACCUCUGUACACUCCUGCAUCCAUUUCGCCAGAAGAGCUGCGUCUGCUUGCGCCCUGGGUGCGCGGUAGGCUGAACGCUCAACGAGGUGGCCGUGAUGUGCAGGUGGAGCAAUCGGUAGCAGAUGAAGCAAGUCUGCAAGCCUCGGAUGGCUCUGGUUGGUUGCUAGGGUCCUUCUCGGAGGAGGAACUUGAUCGAUUCUUUCCUGAUGGUUGGGUGCCAUCCCGGAGGUUUGGCAUUGAUCAGGGGAGGAAAGUCCGAGGUAUUGACGACCUCAGUGCCUCGAUGGUUAACUCUUCUUGUGGAACCAAUGAUAAGCUCACUCUUCAAGAUAUCGACGUCAUCGUUGAUAUUGCCCGUGCGUUUGGUCAUGCAGUUGCCCGUUUUGCGCCAACCUCCCUGCAAGGGAUUUCGGGCCGGGCGAUGGAUUUGAAGAGUGCUUAUAAGCAACUUGCGAUUGACCCUGCUCAUGGAUGGGCAGCCAUCCUGGCUGUGUGGAACCCGAAGCUAGAAAGAUUUGAGUACUACAGAUUCACGACACUGCCUUUUGGCUCCAUUCACGCGGUUGGAGCCUUCAACAGAGUGGCGAAAGGUGUAAGGCAGAUCCUGGUCAAAGUCUUCCGAUUAGUGGUGUCCAACUUUUACGAUGACUUUUGUCAUCUGGAGCUGGACUGUUUGGUGGAGACGUCGCAUGAGCUUGCUUUGGCUGUGAUGCAGUUGCUUGGGUGGUCUGUGGCGAAUGAUGAACACAAAGCACUUCCUUUUGCAAAGCUCUUUACCAUUCUUGGAGUACAGCUUGAUUUGAAUGAAGCGUGUCGUGGCCUUCUUCGCGUAGCGAACAAGGAGGGUCGAGUUGCCGCCAUUCUGGAGUUGGUGGAAAAGAUCUGCCAGGAGGGCACCCUUCAUCCAGGGCUCCUGGCCAAGCUCCGAGGCAGGAUGAUGUAUGCCUCUUCACACACGUUUGGGAGAGUGGCAGUGCUGGCAACCAGGGUGCUCUCACGCAAGCUGGCGAUUGGUGGUCCCGUAAAACUGACUCGGAAGGAGAUUGAUGUCAUCCGGGGUGCUGCGGACCUACUAGCUCGCUCAGAAGCCCGUGAAGUGUGUUUCCUUCAACCAGAGUGCCCGGUGUUGGUCUUCACAGAUGGCGCGUGCGAAUCCAAGAGUCUCUUGACUACGCAUGGUGCAGUACUCAUUGAUCCCCUGCAGCAAGUCAAGAAGUUUUUCGGUGAACCUGUCCCUGAACCGCUACUAGAUCGAUGGAGGCAAGGGGGAAAGACGCAGUUGGUAGGCCAAGCAGAAGCGCUGCCGGUCCUGGCUGCAAAAACUUUGUGGCGCCUCCUGCUGGUACAUCGGAAAGUGUUAUGGUUCUUGGAUAAUGAAUCUGCCAAGGCUGCAUUCGCUAGUGGCUCUUCUGCGGUGGAUGAUACCUUUGAAAUUGUGAGCCACUCCCUUGUGCUGGACCAAGAGCUCAAGGCUUACAACUGGUACUCAAGAGUGCCGUCGUGUGCAAACAUCAGUGACGCUGCCUCUAGGUUGGCCUUCGAGCAGUAUGAUGAUUCAUUCAGGCGUGAACACUUGGACUGGACGUGUGAACCUCUGGCAUCCCUCUUGGAGGGAAGGGAUGCGAUCGCCCAGCAUGUGAAAGGGUUGUAG